AAACGCAUUCACAUUCUCCAACAUUUGUGACAAAGGACAUCGGCAACAUUAGCGGUUCUGUGCUACCCCGCACUCGGUAUUCUUCUCCGAUACCUAUUCCACAAGCGACCGUUUUAACAUGGUGCAAUCAGCUAGAAUUUCCUGUGCGACAACCGCUACUGUCAACUCCGCCGAGGCUGCUGCGGCCACACCAACUUUUAAGUACAAAUUUGGGGAUGAAGGAUACCUCCUGGAUUAUCACGGUACCAAGGUGUGUUAUCCCAUGUACGAAAGCCUACCGGUUGUGGAGCGCUUUCAAGCAACCGCCGACGACAUCUGCAUAGCCUCCUUCCCAAAAUCCGGGAGCCAUUUCAUGGGAGCGGUCGUCUGGAUGAUUGUCCACGACGGCGAUCCUGCUUCCCUGUUGGAGGGUGGCACUUUAGCAUCUAAAAUCCCUCGUCUGGAGUGGUCAUUGCCGGGAAUGCCAGCCAACAUGCUGCCGGCUUACAAACUGAGCCAACAAGCGGGACAGCGUGUCUUCUUGACUCAUUUAGGAUAUGAUGCGCUGCCGGAGAGUAUCAAAACGCAUGCCAAGAUAAUCUACAUCGCGCGCAAUGCAAAGGAUGUCAUCGUUUCCACGAAUUAUUUCUUCCGGGCGCUAAAGUUUAAACAGUUUACGGGUACAAUGCAAGAGACCGCCCAGUCUUUUAUGAACGACACUUGCGCCUUUGGCCCGUUUUUCGACCACGUCGCCGGAUACCAACGACAAGCGUCCGAUAUGGCCAGCUUGUUUUUUGUCACUUACGAAGAGAUGUUGCAGGAUGUGGAAAAGACCAUUAAGGGAAUUGCACGUUUCCUGGGGAAAGAACUGGAUGAAGUGCAGAUAGCUAACAUUAAGCGAUGCUGUUCGCGUGAAGAAAUGAAAAACAACAAAACAACCAAUUGUGAGGACCUGCACAAUGCGGGUCUGAUGGAUUUUAAAGUGUCACCAUUUAUGCGAAAGGGAAUCGUUGGUGACUGGAAAAACCACUUUAGCCCGGAACUGAAUCACCAGGUGGACGAAUGGAUUAAGCAGGAAGGGCGUCGUGUCAAGCAAGAUCUAAAGGAAUUUCACUUCCAGUACCAGGAUGAAUCUAUUGAGCAGGAAGAGCGUCGUGUUAAGCAUAAGCAAGAUCAAAGGAAAAUCAGUUUCAGCACGACCACGUGCUCGCAGGAUAAAACAGCGUGUAUUAAAAAUUUUUUUUUGCCCUUCAGAACCUCUUGCUUGUCCACACUCUUUGUUUCUUCGUCAUACACAGGCUUACCUGCAAAGAUCCAGUACAUUAACCAUUGUUUAAAUAGUACAUUUGCAAUAAACGUACAAGCCGGAUUUCAAAUGGGUUGCGUACACGAGCAGCGAAAAAUACAAGUUUGUGGGUUACACACCAGUUACACCACAUAAUUUUGGCGUUUCUGGUACUUCGUAUUCGGCACAGGC